GAGGUAUUAAUUCACACAACUUUUGGACUAUAUAUCCACCACUCAUUAAGAGAGGUCUUGAUAAACUCAAUCUGUUAUCACUAGAAAGAACUUAGGGUUUUUGGGGUCUCAGCUCUCCUCUCGCUCUCUGGAGAUGACUUCCAACACUAGGAGAGAAGAUAAGCAACCACCGGAACCAACAUCUCUGAUCACGUCACUUCCCAAAGACGUCAUCUUUGACAUCUUAACGCGUCUACCAAGGUACGAGUAUUCAACACUCUCCCUUGUCUCCAAGCAUUUCCGGUCACUUGUUAGGUCACCUGAGCUAUACGAGAGAAGAUCCUUGAUAGGCGUCACCGAACCCUUCUUCUAUGCUCUCUUCUAUGACUCACAAUCACGUAAUACCCGUUGGAAUAUUCUCCACCGGAAAGCAACGGCAAUCUCCGCUUGGCCCUUAUUCACUCGCUACCCGCUAUGGAUUGUGAUGGAAGCUUUGUCGGUUGGCUCGAGCAUAUAUGUGUUUGGUGGGAGUGACGACCGUACAAAAUAUCGUGCCUUAAAAAUCGACUGUAGGUUACACACUGUGGAACAACUCCCCAGCAUGCCUGUGCCCAUGUCUAAUCCAAUUGCUGACAUCAUUGAUGGGAGAAUCUACGUAAUUGGAGACCACUACGAAGAGUCGAAGAAGGUGAUGGUGGUGUUCAAUACAGAAUCACAAUUGUGGGAACUUGUUACGACAAAGCUUAACAUUGAGUUUGGUCACACUUGCCUUACUCGUUACGCGGUGAUGGAUGGUAAGUUGUACAUGAGGGAUAAUGUUCAAAGCAAUGUUUACGAGCCAAAGAAGUGUAAAUGGGAAAGGGAAAAUGAAGAAAGGCUGAAUUUUCAUAACUGGAGAAAUGCGAGCGUGGUUGAUAACAUACUCUACUAUUACGAUUUCGAUAAUUGCUGGAAUAAGUUACGAUCGUAUGAUCCAAAGCAGAGGUACUGGGGAGUGGUGGAAGGUUUGGAAGAAUCGUUGCCUAAGACUAGACAUUCAUAUUGGACAGGAACUGCUAGUUGCGGUGGGAAACUGGCUUUGGUUUUUCCUAACGAAGGCUGGAGAACAAGUUACCUUCGUUGUGCUGAGAUAUCGCUGGAGAAACGUGAAGAAGGAGAGAUUUGGGGUAAAUUUGAGUGGCGUGAUCAGGUUCUAGUUGAUGAGAAUUUAUACAUGAAGAACUUUCUAGCUGUUAUGGUUUGAUGCAGCAACUAUUCUUCUUUAUAUAUAACUUGCGUUUGCUUCUUCUUUUUUUCUUUUUUCCCAAACGCCUAAAUAAAUUUUCAUUAUCUUAAAUCUCACUUUUCUGAUUUGCUUGAUGUAAACAUGAACAUAGUCGAAUUAGAGAAUCCAUAUAUAUUGUCUAGAACUGUUUCUUGUUCUUGUAAGGAAAUGUCACCUGCGACCACAAAUAUCAUAGUUGAUUUUGAUUUAAGGGUGGUAAAGAAUUCUACAUUUGUUGCUUUGCUCAGUUUUACGUAUUGAAUCAGAAAGUGAACUAAA